AAUUACGCGCUCUCUCUUCAUCAAUUUUUCAACAUUCCACCACCUCUAUAUUAAUGCCUACGUGCCUAAUACAUCCUCUCGCAGUACUUGUUACACAUAAUUCAACCAAAAUGCCGUCGAUGCCAUUCUACUACCUUUUAUCCACCGCCAUCCUCUUCUCUCUCCUCCUCCUCUCCUCCGCUCAGCAACCAACCUCACCCCCAGCAGCGUCUCAGCUACCUUCCAUUACAUGCAAGUCCACUCCUUACCCCAAACUCUGCCGCUCCAUCCUGUCUGCCUUCAAAUCUUCCCCCUCCGACCCCUACCACUAUGGCAAGUUCACCGUCAAGCAAUGCCUCAAGCAGGCCCGUAAACUGUCCAUCAUCAUAAACCACUACCUCGCUGGCAAACGCGCCGCAGCCUUGUCCCCUAUGGAAGCACUGGCAAUACAGGACUGUGGCCAGCUGGCCGAGCUCAAUGUUGACUAUUUAGAGAAGAUCUCCAUGGAGCUGAAGGGGGCAAAGGACAUGACUGGCGAGUUGGCGGACAGAGUCACGAGUCUGCUCAGCGGAGUGGUUACAAACCAGCAGACAUGCUACGACGGGCUGGUGGAAGCCAAGAGUGGGUUCGCGGGUGCGUUGGCUGAGCCGCUGGGCAACAUGACUCGGUUGUACAGUGUGUCUCUUGCGUUAGUGAGUCAUGCACUGGACCGGAAAUUGGAGAAGAGCAACCAUGGUUUUUUAAGUAAACCGAGUGCGGUUCGUGAACCGCUCGACACUCUAAUCAGGUUCUGUCCUUAAUAAAUCACAAAAUACCGUUCAAAAAAAAUAUAUAUAUAUAGUUCAGUCUAUAAUCUUAGAUUAACAAUAUAUCUAUAGUUUCCAUACUUGUUAUAUCCUAUUUUGUUUUUAAUCAAAAUAUUUAAUCAGA